UUGAAAUUGAAACCACUGAAACCGGUGAAACAAACGUGAAGUGUGCGUUUUCGCUUGAGAAUUUACAUAAUUGAUACUCUUCAUAAUAUAAGGUUACUGAAAUAUUAAUAAUUCAACAGUUCCGUUGAUUGUUAACUACUUCCUUCAUUACUUAUGAACACCCACCCUUACCCGUCCGAAGAAGAGAAAGGUCAAUUGAGAUUGCCUAGUGUGUAUCUAGACGCCCUUCUGAAGACCUCCCACUCACCCAAAAAGACAACAUCUCCGGAAAGUGAUAAGAAAGAAAAUACUUCUAAGGACACAAAAGAAAAGGAGAAAUAAACGCUUGACUGUAGCAAAGAUACAACAUGUCUAUUGGAGUACCCAUCAAAGUCCUACAUGAAGCAGAGGGACAUGUAAUUACAUGUGAAACCAUGACGGGUGAAAUUUACCGAGGCAAGCUAGUUGAAGCAGAAGACAACAUGAACUGUCAGAUGACAGGCCUCAGUGUUACGUAUCGUGAUGGAAAAACCGCAACUGUAGAGAAUGUUUACAUAAGAGGAUCAAAAAUUCGAUACCUAAUACUUCCUGACAUGUUAAAAAAUGCUCCUAUGUUCAAAAGAGCAGGGAAUAAAGCUUCCAGUUCUGGAGCUGGACGUGGCAAGUCAGCCAUUCUGCGUGCACAGGCAGCUCGAGGUAGAGGAAGGGGAGGCCCAUCACAGAGAGGGCAGGGUCGACCCAACUGGCAGGGCGGCAGUGGUGGGGGCGGUCGUGGUGGACAAGAACGCCGCUGAAACUACCAACCUUCUAUUCAAUAAUCUAGAUUUUAAGAAUGUUGAUACUGUUCCUUUAAAAAAUGUUGUUUAUUGUUUCUGCUCAGUAAUUAAUUUUCAUUAAUUUCAUUUACAGUUGACACAACGUUAAUUGAAAUCUGUUAUUUUUAAGAAGUAAUUCCAUUGCCCUUGUAAACAUUUGUGUUCGUACAAUUUACAGUAAUUUUGUAUUAAAAUGUGUUUCUUAUGAUAAACCAA